AGAGGGGGUUCAUUCUGUGCACAGCCCUCCAAACAGGGAACAUGGGCUCUCCCAUCUGUCUACUGGUGUUCCUCGUCUUAGCUGUGGAACCAGCACAAGCAAUAGAAAGCUUCUUCGUCUCAGCUCCCAAUGUGUUCCAUAUUGGAGUUAAGGAGCAAGUUCUGAUCCAUGUGGGGGAAACCCUCCUCAAUAAACGUGUAACUGUUUACCUGGAAGCCGAGAUAGGAGAGAUUCUGAUCUCAGAGAGGAUCGGCACAAUUUGUUCUGAAGUGGGGCAGUUUCAAACAGUGGAACUAGAGAUAGACAAGGAGAAGAUGUCAAAACUCAAAUUCCACCACGGUCAACCCUAUCUCUUACUGGUCAGUGAGAUUGACUCGGUGAAAGGUAGACAGUCGACAAGGGUCCUAGUCUCCAAACACCAAGGCUACAUUUUCAUUCAGACAGAUCAGCCCAUCUACAAUCCUAAUCAGAUAGUGAAAUACAGGGUGUUUACCUUAGACCACUCGAUGAGACCUGUAAAUGGCAUUUUUCAGUUGUCCGUUUUUAACGCAGCGGGAAACAGAAUAAAGACGGACCUCCUUAAAGCAACCUCUGGAAUUUUCAGCAGUUCAAUGAACAUUCCUGAUGUGUCUAAAAUGGGUACAUGGAGGAUAGUGGCCCACUAUCAAGACGAUGAAAAGGAAGCUGCCAUACGAGAGUUCAGAGUCCAGAAAUUUGUGAUGCCCAGCUUUGAGGUGACUAUCCUUCCUGAACAAAAUUAUCUCCUGGUGAACCAAGACCUCCCCUUCACCAUCCAAGCCAUGUACUCUAAUGGGGAAACUAUAAAAGGAGCUUUCCACUGUCGAGUGGGAGUAAGGACAGUCAACCAGGGGUCAGAGGGUGAGAAGGAAACAACUCUGUUCAUAAGGGGACUAGAGCUUACUGGAACGAUCUUUGAUAAUGGACUAGGUGCUACGGAGCUGAAAGUAUCCCGCCUAGAUGAACUCCUACAAAACAAUAUGAAUACAAGCCUGUCUGACCUGGACCAAAGUGGGGCCAAGCUUCACAUUGCUGCUUCUGUCACCGACAUCACCAGUGGUGAGCUUCAGGAAGCAGAGGUCUUCCUUCCGGUGGUUUCUCAGGUUUACUACGUGGAUCUGUCCCGCACACGUUCCUAUUUCAUCCCCGGUUUCCCUCUCUAUGUGUCGGUGGUUGUCAGCCUUCCGGAUGGCUCCCCAGCAGAAAAAGUGAAAGUAGCAAUUCAAAGAGAAGGGCUCCAGAUGGCACCCAACCAUGUUAAAACCAACCAGCAGGGGGUAGCAGUGAGCACAUUAGCUGUCCCAGCUGAGGCUGACCAAAUAACUGUCCAGGUGACAGUAGAGGGCCAUCAAGAGCGUAAAAUUAUCACACGUGUCUCAUCUCCUAGUAACAGCUAUCUGUACAUGAGUGUGGAUCACACCGUUUUUUCGGUGGAAGAAAACUUUGAUAUUACAUUCCAUGCCAAUGCCAAACCCAAAGAUGGAUACAUUUACUACAUGGUUUUAAGCCGAGGAGUUCUAAUUCUGCAAAGAUCUGUCAGAGCGAGACUUGUUACAGCCAGCACCUUCCAAAUUACGCACGCUAUGAUUCCAUCCUUCCGUCUGAUUGGCUUCUACUACCUCCAGAACGGUGACAUCAUCGCUGACUCUGUGUGGGUGGAUGUCGAGGAUGUGUGUGAGGCCAAGCUCAAGAUCUCAAGUCCAACACCUGGUCCAUAUUUACCAGGGUCCCUGGCCAAGGUCACAAUAGAUUUGGAAGGCCAGAAGGGUAAAGUCGCACUGAUGGCUGUGGACAAAGCCAUCUACGCUCUCAAUGUCCAGAACAAACUCACUGCCAAACAGGUUUUCUCCUCUAUGCAGUCCUAUGACCUGGGCUGUUCCUAUGGCGGAGGGCAAGACAUGGCCUCUGUUUUCAACGAUGCUGGUCUCUCCUUCAUCUCCGCCUCAACUAAGAAGUCGAUGACAUCCCAAAACAGACAGGGUUUGGGCUGUCACAAUCACUUCAGGAGACGCAGGCGCUCCCUGAAUCUACAACUGGAGAUGAUGACCCUAAAAUCAAAGUAUACAGAUGGGGCGCUGCAAGAGUGCUGUGUCCGUGGUCUCACCCUGAUCCCAAUGAGGAGGACGUGCGAAGAAAGGGCAAAGAGAGUGUCACUGACCGUGAAAGACCCAAACUGCACCCAGGCCUUCAAAGAUUGCUGCCUUCAGGGGGAAAAGCUAAGAGACACAAAAAAGAAGGAGGACGCUAUCAAAGGCCAUGGAAGGACGGCCAGUGAAACUGACAUUGAGGAAUUCUUCUUUGAUGCCUCCCUUCAAAACAUUCGGAGAUCUUUCCCUCCAAGUUUUGCUUUCACAGUGAUUGAGGUGGAUGGUAAAAAAGAUCACACACUAUCUCUGCAUGACUCCAUAACCACCUGGGAGAUUCAGGCUGUCAGUUUAUCAAAAACUCAUGGUUUUUGUGUGGCAGAGCCUUUGCAGAUGACCGUGUUCAAGAAUCUGUUUGUAUCCCUGAGACUACCGUACUCAGUGAAGCAGUAUGAGCAGCUGUCCAUUGUUCCUGUCAUACACAACUAUGGGAAAAACCCUGCAGAGCUUGCAAUCCAUAUGGUGCCGACUGAAGGGCUCUGUUCUCCUGGAUCAGCCUCCGCAUCUACCUAUGUCAACAUCACUGUGGCGCAACAAUCGUCCAAAUCGGUCCCUUUCUCUGCCGUACCCAUGACAAUCGGCACCAUACCCAUCACGAUACGCAUCUACGACAGAAACAACGAUCUUGGCGUGGAUGCAAUUGAAAAGCUUCUGAAUGUUAGGACAGAGGGAAUAGAGGAGUGGACAGAGGAAACUCAUGUUCUUGAUCUGAAAGGGAGGAGUGAUGAGUUUUUCACUAUUGAUGGACAAAUACCAGACAACAGCGUCCCUGGCUCCAGCACCAACAUAUUCGUCACCCUAGAAGGGGAGGGGUUUGGCCAGACCACAGCCAAAAACCUGCUGUCUCCUAAAGGGGUUAAAAGCUUGCUCAAACUCCCUUAUGGCUGUGCAGAGCAGACUAUGGCGGUAUUGGCUCCCCUGGCCCUGGCCUUGCGCUACUUGGACCUGUCCCAGCGCUGGUUUGAGCUUCCUGCAGGAACCAGAGAUACUGCCCUCCAAAACACCGAAAGUGGCUACAUGAGGAUUCUGACAUUUAAAAAGAAUGAUGGAUCUUACGGAGCCUGGAUUAAUACUCCAUCCAGUUACUGGCUGACUGGCCUGGUUGUGAAGGUGCUGUCACUGGUGGCUGAGCGCCAAGCAUUAGUCAGCCAGGAGAGGGGAAGGAUUGCCCGGGUUGUGUCUUAUGAUGACAUCACGGUUUCGGUUCAAUACCUCCUCUCAAAACAGAAUGAUGAUGGCUCAUUUAUUGAUCUCAAUCCAGUCUACCACAGAGAAAUGCAGGGAGGUGUCGGAGGCUUAGAAGGAGAAGUAUCCAUGACUGCUUUCAUAACUCUUGCCCUCAAUCGUUCCCUCGCCUUCUUACCCGAGAAAGAGAUGAACGAUGCGAAAGACAGUAUCGUCAAAUCCACGAGCUACCUCCGGUCCCGUCUCGAUGGGCUGGAGAGGCCCUACGCUGUGGCCAUCACUGCCUACUGUCUGGCAGUCUGCUUACCAGACCGCACACAGGCACAACCAGCCUGGAAAAAACUCCAAGGAUUGGCCACAGAAGAUACGAAAGGCUGCCAAGUUUGGAGGGCCAAUGCAGAACUGGUGAGCCAAGAAAAAAGAACUAGGAUACCUGUCACAGAGGCCAUUACCGUGGAAACAACAGCCUAUGCCCUCCUGACAGCAGUAGCUCACAAAGACUCAGAGUGGGCCAAAUCUGCCGCUUGCUGGUUAACCACCCAGGAGAACUAUGGAGGAGGUUUCAAAUCAACUCAGGAUACUAUAGUGGCACUGGAGGCUCUUUCAGAGUAUGCUUUGGACAUGCCCCCGCCCCCCGUCACAGAAGUGGAUGCCUCGUUCACUGUUAAAGGGAAGACCACAAAACUGGAGCUUUCACUCGGAAAUAAGGCUGACAGAGUGGAAACCGAGCUAAAGCCACUGAUGGGGAAGAAUAUUGAUGUAGUUGUGAAAGGACAAGGGAAGGCCAAGAUGAAGGUUUUAAAGGCUUACCAUCUCAUAGAUCCCAGGGAUGACUGUCAAGAUCUGAAGAUAGAGGUCACAAUCGUCAAAGGAAAAGUGGUGUACACAGACAAGGUUCCUGAUUAUGACUACGGAGAGGACUAUGGAGAGGAGGAGAGGAGGGAGGACUUCCCCUCAUCAUCUAUCGAGUGGUUUGAUGCCCGCACCAGACACAAGAGAGAUACCGCGCAGAGCAUUGAAAACGAAGUCCUCUACGAAGUAUGUGUCAGUUACAGCCUGAGCAGGAACUUGUCAGGAAUGGCCAUCGCAGACAUCACACUGCUCAGUGGCUUCGAGGUGCAGACUGACGACCUGGAGAAGCUGAAGGAAAAGCCAGAGGAGUACAUAUCGCACUACGAAACGUCACAUGACAGAGUGCUGAUCUACUUUAACGAGAUGUUCGAGAAUGAAGAGUGCAUUACAUUCCGGGCAAUGCAAAGGAUUCCCAUUGGUCUGCUUCAGCCAGCUCAAGCUUUAUUUUAUGACUACUAUGAACCAUCCAGGAAGUGUGCUGUUUUGUACUCUGCCCCUCAAAGAAGCAAGAUGAUCGCUCAAUUGUGUGAAGGGAGCGUGUGCCAGUGUGCAGAGAGACCUUGUCAUAAGGAAAGGAAGUUUUCCGAUAAACCGACGAUUGGAAAACGGGAUCGUCAGGAACAUGCAUGCAGAUACCCUCUUGCAGAUUAUGGUUACAAAGUUGAGGUUCUUAAUGUGACAGUGAAGGGUAAUUUUGAGCUCUACUCGACUAAUGUGGUGGAGGUACUCAGAGCAAACAAAGACAUGCAGAUGGAAGAGAGCCAGAUCCGAGUGUUUGCUAAGAGGCUGCACUGCAGAGGAAAGCUGCAGAAGGGAAAGCAGUACCUGAUCAUGGGCAAAGAUGGCCUAACCACUGACACCAAUGGCCGGAUGCAAUACCUGUUGGAAUCAACAAACUGGAUUGAACAGAUACCGAGCCGAUGCGGUGCAACACUUACCCAAGGCUAUUGCGCCAAUUUCCAUAAUUUUGUGUCUGAAUAUAGAUUGAGUGGCUGUACCCAGUAAAGAGUUCUGUAAUACAUCGUUCUUGACAAUCAUACCAACAUACUUCCAGUAAUCUUAAAUACAAUAUUUCAAUGGAAUCAUUGUUUAUGUGUGUGUUCCGUCUUCAUCAAUAAAAUAAUACUUUCACUGCCA